AUGGAGCACAAGGUGAUCUGUGUCUUCGCUAUGGUCCUCAUGCUGGCCCUCAGCAGCCUUGCCCAGGACCAGGCAGAAACAUGUACCAUGACCCCCCGGGAAAGGGUAAACUGCGGCUUCCCCGGUGUUACUGCCGAGCAGUGCAAGCAAAGAGGUUGCUGUUUCGACGACACUGUCCGGGGCUUCCCAUGGUGCUUCCACCCUCUGGCCAUCGAAAGCCCUCCGGAAGAGGACUGUCCCUUCUAGAGUCCACCUGAGAGAGCCGGUUACACCGAGACUUGGCGCCACCACUCCACCUGGGCACCGGAGCCAUCUGGCCCACCCACUGCAUAUACACCUGUUCUGUGGCUGGAUCUGGCCUGAUGUCACAGUUCAACCUCUCUGACUUUUAGAACUCAAAUUCGGCCUGAGAAUUAAAAGAGAUGAAUGC